AUGGAGUUCCCAGUCCUCUUCCUGGUGCUGUGUGUUGUGGCCUUCCUCGCCGGGAUGCCAUUAAACAGCUACGCCCUCUUCAUGGCCAGCUGCCGUGUGGAGAGGACGGCCAGUGCCGUGUGGUUCUUGAGCCGGGCUGCGGCAGAUUUCAUCUUCAUUAUCUUCCUGCCCCUCAGAUUCUUCAUCCUGGACUUAGACUGGGCCAAGGUGCUGAGCAGCACCGUCACCUCCUUCCACAUGUUCUUCAGCGCCUUCCUCCUCACAACCCUCAGUGUCGAUCGCUGCAUCCUUGUGGCAUGCUCUGAGUGGUACGGGAACCACCGCACGCCCCCACUGGCUUUCAGGAUGGUUAUAGGCAUGUGGACCCUGUCUCUUGGGUUCAGUUUGCGGUACGGUGAUCUCUGGGAAUCCCUGCUUUCACCAACCAACACCAGCAUGUAUUUCCAAGUGGAUGAAAGGAGGGUGAAGGCCGCUAUUGCAAUCCAGUUCCUGGUUGGGUUUCUGAUCCCAUUAGCCAUGAUCCUGAUCCCAACCUUCUACAUCGUUCUAGCUGCCAAGCUGAGAAGGAACAGGAUGAUCCAGUCCACCAAGUCCCUCAAGAUCCUUCUUGGCUUGAUCCCGACCUUUUUCCUUUGCUGGCUGCCGUAUCAUGUUUUCUCCUUCCUGCAGAUCUCAGCUACGUACCCUCAGACUCUUCUGAACAUAGGAAGCACUUUUUCUUGUGUCCUGACAUAUUUCAGCAGCUGCCUCAACCCCAUCUUCUACCUCACCAUGGAGGAAGAGUUUCAGAGGUACCGGCAACAAGCACGCAACCCCCAAACCACUGACAAUUCAGGGCCAGAGCUGGCUGAAUAG